CGCAAUCGAGCUGUCAAGAGAGCGUCAGCUUAUUAGGCAAAUGCUGCGUGGUUUCUGAAGAGGGUCGACGCUAUAAAAUCCCACUCCAGGCUCUGGUGUGGAAAACUGAGAGCCCAAGUCCGUUAAGAGACGGAAGGGAAAGCGAAGAGGGGAAGAGAAAGAGAGUGGGGACAGAAAGGAGAGGGGAAGGAAUAUCCUGAAAAAGCCCGGGAGACAUUCCUCUACAGAGAGGCGGCAGCGCCUGCUCACCUGCAGAAGCGCCUCCGAAGUGAGCGCCCCUAACAUGCGGCUGCCGCUGCUCGUGUCCGUGGGCGUCCUGCUAGCGGCUCUCCUGCCCUGCUCGCCAUGCAGUGCCCUCCUUAGCCGGGGGUCCGUCCCGGGCGCCCGGCAGGCUCAGCAGCCCCUGCAGCCCCUGGAUUUCUUCCAGGCGCCGGCGCAGCCCCAGCAGCCCCAACAGGCGCAGGCUCGGCCUGUCCUGCUCCGUAUGGGGGAGGAAUAUUUCCUCCGCCUGGGUAACCUCAACAAGAGCCCCUCUGCUCCCCUCUCGCCCGCCCCUUCUCCUCUCGCUGGAGGCGGCGGCAGCCGCCUUUCGCCGGACGAGGCGGUCGCCAACUUUUUCCGCGCGUUGCUGCAGCAGCUGCCGCUGCCUCGGCACCAGCUCGACAGCCCUGCGGGUCCCGCGGAGCGCCUCGCCGAGAAAGCCCUUGGCGGCCGUCCUGAGACGCUGGAGAGGGAAAGGCGAUCGGAGGAACCUCCCAUCUCGCUGGAUCUCACCUUCCACCUCCUCCGAGAAGUCUUGGAAAUGGCCAGGGCCGAGCAGUUAGCUCAGCAAGCGCACAGCAACAGGAAACUGAUGGAGAUUAUUGGGAAAUGAAACGCUUGAAGCAUAGAAGACGUGCAGCAAGAGCGCCUAUCCUCCUUAAUUAGCAUGCACAAAGUGUAUUCAUGUGCAGUAACAAUACCAAAAUGUUAUUUGUAUUGUCUACUUUUAGUUUCCAUUUCCAGGUGUCUUUAAUGGUGUUUUAAAGACAGGGAGGAAACGUUCUGAAGAAGGAGAAAGAAGUCGCCGGGAUGAUUUUGUUGUGGUCUGACCAAAGAGAAUGUUAUUCUUUCGGGUGGGUGAGACAAAAGCUGUAAGCUUUUUGGAUCAGCUUUUCCUUGUAAAUGUUUCAGUAAUAAAACAUCUUUCCAAUCCUUGGUCAAUUUUGUUGUGUAAGAGAAUGUUGAAUAUUUAUAUUUUUAAUAAAAGCUGCAAAGGUAGUCAUGACUUUAUUUUUGUUCUUCAUUGCUUAUAGGGGAAAUAAUCUCAGCUCCUGAUUGUCUCCAAACUGACUUCAGCACAAGAAAAAACAAAAUCCAUUGCAUUUUAUUUUCUACUAAAAAUACAAACAUGUAUGUUAGUGGAUUUACACAGUUAGUGCAAUUGCCUUGGGCUUAUCUCUCUACCUCAGAUUACUCCCCUGAUGUGUUAAAUAAUUUGGGAAGUUGCUUCCAGCUCUAAGACUUGGUAAUUCUGUAAGUGCAAGAUUGAUUCAUAAAGGAAAUAACAUUCAACCCUGAUUAAAUAUAAGAUGUGAAAUAAUUGAGAAGGGUAGAGAAAGUGAAAAGGAAAAGAAAAUGGGUGAGGGAGGGCAUUCCUCCACACUAUAGGGCCAACAUGCUGCUUUUUUUUUCUAUGAGAAAGGCUCACUUUAUCAAGCUACUACAUUAGUAUCAUAAAAUAUUUUUUUGCUAAGUUAUUUUCCAAUUCCUACUUCUAAUAGGAGAAACUUGAUAGCCUCUCCACUUAAAGCAAUUAAACCCAUUUGCCAUAAAGUAGCACUUGGGAACAGUUUCUUAUAAAGAAUAUUUUGACUUUAAUAACUUCACAAAUACGUUCCUCAUUUAUGUUUAUGCUAAGACUAAUCACUUUAAUUCCUAGGAAUAUAAACUAUCUCUAUUCACUUCUAAAACUGAACAACACAUGGUUAGUUUUACAAUGCAUUCAUCUUUGGUGGUUUAGUUGUAACAUCAAAAAAUUCAAUCCAAUGUUUACUACUUCAAAAUUAAUUUAGAUGUAUGAAGAUGCCUCUUCCCUUGGGAUACUUUAAAUACUCUUAACUAUUGGUUUAAUAAGAUAAUAUGAAACAGGAUAAAUUAUUAUAAGACAGUUGUUAAAAAUGCCAUUUAUUUAAGAGUUCAUACAGAGUAAAGUUACAUUCUGAAGGAGGCAUUAUGGUGGAACAAAAAAGAAACCCCAUGAUUUAAAUAUAUAUACAUAUUUAAAAUGUGUAUUGUGUGUGCAUAUAUAUUUAAAUA